AUGGCGGACGUGGGCGUGCUCAACACAGCUUUUGCAGCGGUGACUGCCUUCCAACUCCUGCUCGCGCAGCCCAGUGUCUGCCGGGCGCACUGGUCCUUCACUCCAUAUGAGACAUUGCGGCAGCGUGACGAAAGUAUCCUGAGAUACACCAAUCUGGUGGAGAUCAUGGCCCCUAUCUUUGACAUGGACUUCUUCGACGAGCUCGUGAGGCUCACCCUGUACAAUGCUCACUAUGGGUGGGGCCUGGACUGGAUCUGGCCAGACCUCCUGGGAUAUCCGUCGGACAAAAUUGCCGUGAUCGACGAGGUCUGCCUCUUCCACCCUGAAUCCGCGAGGUUCAAGAGGAAUUCGCUUUAUAAAGUCGUGGCUCCCUACACGGCAAAGGAAGAGGAGGCUCGCCGCUUUUCAGAGUGGAGAUUCGAUCCCAAUGUCAGAGCUUCAAAGGUGUGGUAG